GUCCUCUUCGUCCUCAUUCCGCCUCACUAUCCUCCUCCUAUCCCACUUGCUUCUUGCCUUCAGCCGCUGCUGUUGCAUCCUUCAAAUCCAUGGCAUACUCCCACACUGCGACAUCGAAGGUUUCGUCGCAAUGCCAUCGACUUGUCGCGGUGAAACGGCUUGCAAACGAAGGGGGAGAAGGUCAGCGAGAAAACAACUCGUGGGGAUGGAACGGCUUCCACGGUUUCUCAUCGCUCAAUGCUGGAAGCUGCAUGCUCAUCGGCAUCACACUGUGUGACGGCGACAAGGGCAAGAAUGAAUCCGAGAAGGCGAUUGCUGAACAAUUCAUGGAUCAACUCUCUCCGAUCAUGUCACAGCUGACCAUCGGAACUACUAUGGGCUUUGCCAGCGGAUACGCUCUGAGAACGAUAGGAAAGAUGGCGGCAGUGCUGGUGGGAUGUUCUUUCAUGCUGCUGCAAGGAGCUGCGUACAAGGGAUGGGUCCACAUCAACUGGAACGCAGCGACCAAAGAUCUUCACUCCGUGCUCGACCAGGACGGCGACGGUGACUUCGAUAUGGACGACAUGAAGAUCCUCUUCACCCGCUUCGUGGAGGUCGCCACGUACAACCUGCCGUCUGGAACCGGCUUCACAGCUGGACUGCUCCUGGGCCUCGGGUUCACGGGAGGGACGGCAGGAAGAGCGGCAGCAGCGGUAGGGACAGCGACGCUGAUCCCUCGUGCCAUCAUGAUGGGAGGAGCGGCGACUGCAGGCUCCAGUGCCAUGGUGUCGUUCAAGGAUCAAUACGAUGCUGCGAGAAGAAGCGCGGAGCAGGUUCUCGGAACAAUCACGCUCGGUACUGUGAGUGAAGAAGAACGCUUCAAGGAGUCGAUCAAGGGCAAGACUCUGGUGGAGUUGAGGAACAUGGAGAAGGAGGUGAAGCAGAGUUUGAAGAGCCCUUCCAACGAGGAGGAGAAGAAGAAGAUUGAGACGAAGCUCAAGAUGAUCGAGCAGAUGAAGAUCGAAGUGAAGAAAAGCUGAGAUGGUUCUCAACCCUUCUGAUUUCCUCCUUGCUGGUGGUCCGUCAGAAAGUGUGUUAGGAUGCCGCGUGAAUUUUGCUUUCUCUUCAUGUGACCUCCCAAUAAAAUUCCAGUGAGCUC